CACGAGAGCAGGUCCUGAAACGCCGCGUGCGCCACCGUGGACGCUGGGCGCUGGCAGCUUAAAGAAUUCUUUCAAUCCAGGCUACAGAUUUAAAGCACAAUCCUUGGCGUGUUCGGCUGGUGAGCACAGAAAAAAACUACCUUGUGAAUUUGGACAGGACUGUUUUCUUUUCCAACGCGAAAAAGUGUAUCUACAAACUCAAACCGGGAGUCCGACAGCUUGAGCAGCGAGUCCUUCACAACACACAGGAGGGACAGAUAGUGACCAAGAACUGCCUUACUAACAGGAUAACGACUCUCAUCGCAGCCUCAGAAGCUUUACGCAAACCAGAGAGUUUGGUAUUUGAUUUUCCUGCUGCGUACUUUUCUGAAUUGUCUUUCUUUUUCUUUUUGGCACGGUGGAUAUGAGAAUUCAAGAUGUGAGCACGUAUCCGCUCUCACUCGCUUUAUUGAUGGGAGAUUCCUCAGUGUGAAUGUGAAAACUACUGCCGAGGACGAUUUCUGACAAGAGAAUUUUCAGCAAAUAUCCUGGAAGAACAAUAACCGUGGAUCUGUAAAGAUUUGUUUUUGUUUCUUCGAUCUGGGUAUUGACAUCUUCGUUGCAUUCAAAACAAAUAUAUUUUAACAGACUGAAAGGAAAAAGUUCAGACCCCCCCACCGGCUAAGUCGCAUUUCAGGGGUCACGGUCAGCGGACCGAGAAGGAGAGAAAGGAAGGAGGCUACUUUGUUUGCUCUCCAUAUUUUUGUUUAGCAAAACUUUGAAUCGUUUUUUUUUUUAACUGAGGCGACUCGGUGUAGACUAGCAGCUUGAGGGGAUGAGCACUAUUGCUGUCGUUCCCCUCCUCUGGUUUGGGAGACGCCAGGACCGACCCGGUGUCCCGUCCCCAUGAGGGGGGAGCCUGUCUGUGAUUCAUAUUUUUGACGCCUUUUCAUUCUUCCCUUCUACUUAAAAGUCUCACAUUUUCUAUUUUUUUGCAAUAUCUUUUUUAUUAAUUUGAUUCAAAGUACAACUUGUAUCACAUUGUCAAACAUUUAUUUGUAUUAAUUAAGAGGGAAAUACCCUCCCUUUGAAGGGGAGGAUAUUUGGACGUACGUCCAUUUAUUGGAGGUCACGGCGUGAAGUGGCUGACUGAAGCUGUGUCCGGUGGCAUUUUUAGACCCCUCACACCCUACCGGGGCCCUGCAGCCCUACAGCUUAACGAUGGAGAUUCAUUGUAAGCACGACCCGUUUGCGGCAAUGCACAGUCUAGGACAUGGCGGGGUGAACCAGCUUGGAGGCGUGUUUGUGAACGGCAGGCCCCUCCCAGAUGUAGUUCGACAGCGAAUCGUGGAACUUGCCCACCAAGGGGUGCGGCCCUGUGACAUCUCACGCCAGCUACGAGUGAGCCACGGAUGUGUCAGCAAGAUACUGGGCAGGUACUAUGAAACGGGCAGCAUCCGCCCCGGGGUAAUUGGGGGAUCCAAACCAAAGGUUGCUACUCCCAAAGUGGUCGACAAGAUCGCCGAUUACAAACGCCAAAACCCCACCAUGUUUGCCUGGGAGAUCCGGGACAGGCUGCUGGCCGAGAGAGUGUGUGACAACGACAGCGUCCCCAGUGUCAGCUCCAUCAACAGGAUCAUUCGGACAAAGGUUCAGCAGCCGCCCGGCCAAACGGGCUCAAUGUCGGCUCACAACUUAGCAACUUCUGUAGCGGCCACACAAGUGUCGGGAGUGACCAACGACUCAGCCGGCUCCUCGUACUCCAUCAGUGGCAUUCUGGGAAUCAGCUCAGCUGCCGAUGUGGGCAAGAGGAAGAGAGACGAAGGAUUACUGGAGUCGCCGCUGGCCAACGGGCAUGGCCACAGUGGGCGGGACUUCCUCCGAAAGCAGAUGAGAGGGGAGCUGUUCUCGCCGCAGCAGAUCGAGGUAUUGGACCGCCUGUUUGACAGACCAUGUCCAAUCCAAUCCAGCUCUGACCUCUAUGUGAGCCCUGACUCUGGCAAGACGUCAGAUUAUUCGGGCAUGGCCUCACUAGCGGGAGGACUGGACGAGAUGAAGAACAGUUUGGGUAAUCCAGGUACAGGGGCGGAGUUAGGAGCCAGCGUGUCGGGUCCACAGUCCUAUUCACUUGUUCCAGGUCGAGACUUAGCCAGCACCACUCUGCCAGGCUACCCUCCUCAUGUUCCUCCCACUGGACAGGGCAGCUACUCCACCCCCUCCCUAACUGGCAUGGUACCAGGGGGAGAUUUUUCUGGCAGUCCAUACUCCCAUCCCCAGUAUUCCACAUACAACGAAUCGUGGAGAUUUCCUAACCCCAGCUUAUUAGUGUUUCAGCAGGAUUACGGGUCUCUCCUGGGAACGGAAAUCGGCUGCUCCUCCAGUCUCUUCACCAGCCAGGCUGGACAGAUGCAAGGGUCUCCGUACUACUACAGUACAUCACGGGGGGUGGGGCCUGCUGCCACUGCAACAGCCUCCGCCUACGACCGCCACUGACCCCACCAACUAUGAGAAGAGGAGGUUGAAGAGAAGAGGAAGAGGAGGGACGAGAGGACGGAUAGCACCAGCACUGCACAGUUCAAUCCUGUCUACGCAUGGACGACAAUGAGAAUGAAGAUUUCAAAUUUCUGACGUCAGUGAAUUUAGAAUUUUCUUUGAUUGACACGUAAGCCAACAAACGCACUGCUGGGGAGCAAAACAGACAUUCUUUAUUGGUAAUACAUUACCAUGAGGACACAUGGAUGGCAGUGUCAAUAACUGAUGGAGAUAGGACUGGUCAGAAGCAAGUGAAUCUCCCGUAAAAUAUCAAGGCUUGGCAUCCCAAUCAUCUACAAAUCCAAGGAGUCAGUGGACAAAGUGUGCAACAUUGACUGAAACUGUAUUGUGAUCUUCCGGGUGAAAUGUGAUUUCAGGAUGAGAAUAUUUCCAAGGAACUGAUUUGAGUUGAUUAGAGCAAAAUCACUUUUUCAAAGAACAAGUCUUUUUAAGCCCCAACAUCAAUCAAUCAAUCAAUCAAUUUUCUAUGCCAUUUUAUGGUGAAGUAAAGACAAUCCAAUUCACAUAACUUGACCAAAAUCACCCAUAUCAUUAUCAUUCUAGUCUCUUUCCUGUACAUUCAACACAUUUCCUUUGGGAUCACAAUGCUUGAUGGAUGGGAUACCAUCAUUCCCAAUGGCAGUGUUCAGCUUCACAAUUGAGUGUUCGCUAAGCACCGACCCUUCAGUUACUGUUGCAAUACCUGUCAAGCUUUCCCUUCUGCAGAACGAAGUAGCCACAAAACAGCAUUCCUAGCCUGCAGUCAUAUAGACUGAGCAAAUAUGUCCUUUAGAUCAACCAAUCAUCACCUUGACCCUUCAGAGGAUCUCUACAGCUCCAUGCACACUGCUUCAACAUGUGUAGAAAUCCAAAGCUUGACAGGCUUCCCAUGUCUAGUUGUGGUUGCUAAGCUCUGAUUGGAUAUUUGCUGAUUGGGGGUUAGCUUUAGCAAAUGCUAAGUCCCAGGGGUUGUAGCCAGAUCCCAAUGUAUCACAGAACAUCUAACAUCAGUACUUCCAUUCAAACUUUCCCAGUAACUGACCAACAGGCCUUUCAGUAAAAGCACAGCCUAAAAUCUGAGCCCUCUGCUGUAAAAUAACAACUGUACAUGUUCACAUCAGACCAAAAUCAUACCCACCAGGGAGCGUUAUUGUACAGGAAGGUGCUAUCCUACCUCCCCGGCCAAGAUUUAGUCCUGAACAAGAGCUAUUUAUAAUGGGAGGAGACACAGAGUAAUAUAUUAAGAAGUUUUCUGCGCUGCACUCCGUGAUGAGAGUGAAUGCCUGUAAUGAUUUAUAAUUAUGUUUCACGCUGUUGUGCUAGAAUAGUGAUGAUGAUGAUGACGAUGAUGAUGAUGCAGUGAAAUGUGAAAUCUUAAUAACUUUCAAUAUGAAAAAAAGUAUUGUUUAUAAAUAUGAACCGAUUGCGAUUUUCUUGUUUAUAGUUUGUUGCCUGGUAUCAGUUGACACAGGUGCCAUUGAAUAAGAUGCCAUUUUUAUCUGCUUCCUGAUUAUUGAUGUGAAGAGACAGGAAGCAGUGGCACCCUCUCUCUCUCUCUCUCUCUCUCUCUCUCUCUCUCUCUCUCUCUCUCUCUCUCUCUCUCUCUCUCUCUCUCUCUCUCUCUCUCUUUCUAUUUCUCUCUUUAAACUCCCCAAAGAUGGGCCCCCACUAGUGGAUCGGCUGACUAACUACAAAAGCACAAAGAGACUCAAUCAUCAUUUAAAGGCGACAUUUUACUUUUUUGACUUCCCUUUAGAACCAUUAAGUAAUUAUUCGUCUUCUACUGCCCCUUUUGAGUGCUUGUCCUUGUGCUGUUUGACAUCCUGAAAUUGUUUCUAUAAAAGCAUUGCGUUCGUGAAAACACAAGUGAAACUUUUAUUUUUGUUUGUCUCCUACAUCAGUUCUGCGCUGUGACAAUGUAUGACACCAGGGUCGAGGCCUUACCCAUCAUGUACAGACAGAAGGACACAGUUGCCCAGCCCUCAGUGCUGAUCUGAUAUCAGUGUAUUAUAUGUGUGAGGGCCCGCAGUGUUGAUCUUGUGAAAGGGCAAUAUCUUCCUAAACCUGUACGUAGCUUCCUGUCUCAUUUAUGUUCAUUCAAACUUGUACAGCAAUCAGUGAUUAGGAAGAUAAGUCACAAUGUCAAUAGCAGUUUCAACUUUUCACAAUUUAGAUUUUAGUGAUAAAACUUUCUUUAUGAUAAAAAAAAACUAAGAGGUGUAUGGUGUCGUUUUAGCCAUUGUCUGCAAGUGUUUACAUAUCUUUUGUUUGUUUUGGUUCUGUGUGGCUGGCUGUAGCGCUUCAUUGCUACUGUGUAGUUUUACUAGCCAACCGAGUGAAGGCACCAAAUCUGCAGCGUGAGACAUACAAUUUAGCUAAAUGAAGAAUACCUAUAAACACUGAACAAAGCUGUUAGUUUCUCCAUCUAUGUUGUUACUGGGUUUUGAACAUUGUGAUAGUGGAUCCUUUUACAUUUGUGAACCUUAAAAGUUGUGUAUCCACAACUCUAAAGCAGAUUCUUAUGAAGGCUCGCCUGCUGUGCUGCCAGCGUGCAUCGCAGCAGGAGCCUCUCCUUAUUUCUGUUGUUCUCUCUUGAUCUUUCUGAGGCAUUAUUGAACCUGAACCACACCAGCUGAAAACAAGGACAGUGCCUUUAGUUUUAUAUGUCAACUCCCCCCCGACUGACCACGCAUCACUUAAACAAGAUUUAUGGUCCUGCAACUCCUUAAACAAAAGUCUGCGCACACAUGGCCAAUUUUAUAUAAAGCCUUUCACAAAUAAAUAACAGCCAGUUAUUCAAACUCUGGUUACCAAUAGUAACAUUGCAGCUCUGCAAAGGAGAUAGCCCUUAUCCAGCACCAUUUCAGUCAGAGAUUCAUAAAAAUGGUCAUGAAAGUCAACAUUCCUGUAAGGAGGGUUAAUGUAUUUAGCCAUACAACUGUUUCAUUGAUUCCCAUGAAAUUGUGUUAAACAUUCAUGUUCCCCAGAGGAUGAACCCUUAUUAUCCUCUAGUGACACCAGCAGGUCCAGAGUUUUUAAUAGUAUCAGCUACAUUAUGGAUUGGCACAUUUUAAACAGAAACUCCUGAUUCUAAGAAAAUGUACUAAUGUACUUUGGUUAUGCACUCACUUAGUGCUACAACGAGGUUGGCUUGUGGUUUUCAGUGAAGGUUUUUCAAUACUUUAGUUUAUGCUUGUAUGAUGGGAAACAUGGCAUACAAUUUACCUGUUAGAAUUGUGUUUGUGAACAUGUUUACAUUAAAAUCAAUGCUUUCUGUCACUAAAUACAGUCACAAAGCUGCUAGCAUAGCUUUACACAUUUGUUGUUUUAACCCAAUAGCCGUCUGAUAUGAUUUUCUUUCUAACAUCAGUUACUAACAAGAUUGUUUUACCAUUCCCUGAGUUAAUGUUCUGACAAUCCUCCCAUAACACAUUUUCUAACCAAAUCUCUGACUGAAAUAUACAGUUUUGAGAAAUAUUCAAGCAGGACCAAGAUGUGUUGUAAACCGCCCCUCAGUAGGACCAACUGUGUUGACAAAAAUAAAGAAAGGCACAAAAUGUAUUUAUAAGCCACGUAAGCUACAGACAUGUUACAACUCUGUUCAUCAUUAUCAUUUUUUUCAUCAAAAAGAGCAUCUUACAAUUGAAUGACACCCGUUUACCACACAGACACACACACACACACACACACAUUACUGUAAACAUGAAGAAGUAUUGAUUGAAAGUCGUUCUCCUUGAGGAGGUGAUUCCAGUCGUGCCUCCUGUGUCCGCUUGCGAGGCGCUUCGACACGAAACAGCCAAAUUCGUAGCCAAGAAUACAGCCAUACGUUAACAGGAUUAUUUGUUAACUAUGCAUCUCAAAGUGACACAGCUUGCCUUGCCAUUGCUUUGACCUAAUUGGUUCACAUGGGGAGAGAAUGAGUUCUCAUUGGCCCACAGUUGUUUCGAUUGGCAGCCAUGACAUUGACUGCAGCGAUCAGGGGGGACUGUCAUUGUGGGUGGUACUGUAGGAAGCACGGCAGGCAGAGGCCAUACACACACACACACACACACACACACACACACACACACACACACACACACACACACACACACACACACACACACACACACACACACACACACACACACACACACACACACACAAACACACCCUACUGCACAUAAAUAUAAGUACAGACACACUCUCUCCCUCCCUUUGUCCUUUGCGGAGUGAUCGCCCCUCCUUCCAUGCCCCUGUGUUCCCCAGGGGAGGCCAAACCUGCUGUGCCAUCAGAAGCUCAUCCCAUCUUUUUUCUCCCCCUCCCUCAGCCCUAAUCUCAUCAAAUAUCAUGCACUCGUCCCCCCUCUCAUCUCCCCUCCUGUAGCACUGCCACACCACCAGGAUUAGGAAUAUUAAAACUAUUCUGUUGAUUACGGGCCUGUGACCUUCCUCAAAAAGUCCUCCCUUCUUUCUUCAGACAGCCCUAUUAAUCCCUUUUUUCCCUCUCCUAUUCUUACUUCUCUUUGACCAUUCAGACGUGAUGCUCCCUGUCCUGUCAGAAAUUCUGCAUAGGAAUGAAGCAGGUUGUUUGUGCCAAAGCGAGCUCGUUUCAAUGGCAAUAUUGCUGCCGGUCUAUUCGACCAAGAUUUUUCUGUGGGAUUGCAUAAUAUGUUUUCUCUUCAUGUAUCUGUAAAGCAUUUAAGACUAAAAGCAACACUAGUUUCAGAUCAAACAAAGACAUUUCAUUUCCAGCUUUGCUACAGUUUACUGUGCAUGAAAAUGCAUUUGCAUCCUGAAUUGUUAUCCCAGCUCCCAAUCAAAUAGGAAACAGAAAUAAAUGCAAAUUAGUUUUUUUCUUUAUUAUGAUUUCUCACCGAGUGCGCACCGCCUGACUGUAUCUCAAUAUGAAUCCAUGAAGAUGACUACUGCCUUCCGUAAAACCUGAGGGGAUUUCAGCAUCACAUCUUGACAGCAAUUAGUGGCACAAUCUGUUUCAUGCUUGCUGAUAUAACUAGGCCUUGGACAGAUCUCAUACUGAAAUGUUACAAUGUUCUCUACAUCUUAAUAUUAUUCAACUGUGGAAGAGGAGAACAUAUACAGGACUCAGCCUACAAAUAUCCACUGUGCUUUUUAAGCAGAUGUUUCAAUCAACAACAAAAAAAGAUAACGUGAUUUUUCACCUUACUGUGGCCUUUUGUGUAACAAUCUGGAAGUUUUUUUUGUGUUCAUGGCUUCCUAUCUGGGGUGUUAAAGAGAUAUUUAUAUCCGUAACGUUUUGGUAAAAAAUAAAGAAGAAUAAACAAAAGACAUCAGACUGCAAAGACAAAUUAGGUUUCAACAAUACAGCUUGCUCAAUUCUUUUAAAUCAAACAAGACAAAAAGAAAACAUAUCUGUAACAUUCACCAAAGCCUGUGAUGCCUGUUUUAAAUAAUAGAUUCUUGUACAAAAAACAUAUGAAAUAGCAGAAAAGAGUUACAGAUACAAACUCAAAAUGAAGAUAAGAAUUGCCUUCAGAUAUUCCAGAGGGGAGGAUUUAAAAAAAAAAGUAAAAUAAAUGCUUCUUUAAGAAAAUGUGUAUGUUUUUUAUUCAAUUUUCUAGUAGUUGCAAACAAAACUUGGUGUUUUUCUCUUUGUGUGUUGUGUGUUGUCUUAAUAUUUGAAUGUAUUUUACUGCAGUGCGAAUUUGCCAAAGAUAUCAUAUCACUUGAUUUCUCUCCUUCAUUCUUUUUGUUUAGUUCUUUGUUACUGAAUUGUGACCAAUUUUGCUCAGAAAACUGGAAAUAAAUGGUGAAUUUGAUAUUUUUCAUAUUUCUAUUGUUAAUAUUAUUGUUAUUUUAUUUCUUGGGUUUAAGUUUACUGUGGAAUAUUAAAUUGCAGUUUGCUUGAUGCAUCUCUUCAUACUCAGUGUACCUAUCCAUCUGUCCACCUGAGUGACUGUUGUUGGUGAAUUAUUCCAUUUAUGUACCUGUAAUGUGAAGCUAAGAAGUAAUUAUUUGUAAAUAUUUGCCAUAAUUUUAUUGGUCCUUCAGAAUAAAAAAUAAUUUUUUGGAA